AUGGAUGCCCACGAUUCGCCCAGCAGCGGAGAGGGCGGCCCUAGAAAGCCAAUCGCGGAACUCCCUCGCGGUCACGUGACCUCGGACGACGACGAUGAUGCCAUCGCCAUGGAGGGCGCUGCUUGCGCCGCCCCCUCGGACGCCGCCCGCCGCGCCCACCCGCCGAGGGAAACGAGGAGCGGCGGCUCGGACGCCGACAGCGCCCCAGACGAGACGGGCGCCUCCGACCCCGCGGACUCCGUCGUAAGAGACCGACGCUCGGAACUUCCCAGAGAGAACGCCGUGGCGGCGGCGUCGUCGUCCUCGUCGUCCUCGUCCACGUCCUCGUCGGCCGCUUCCGUCGCGGCGCCGGCAUCGGACGAUCCUGGUGGCGCGUCGGCGGCGGCGCCGAACUCGGACGCCGAGCCGUACACGCAGGUGCUGGACUCUUCGCAAUUCGCGUCGCUGCUGCGCGCGUGGCAGGGCCAGAGCUGGGCCUACCGGGGCAGCCCCCUGGCGCAGCUGCUGAGCCCCGUGUGCAACGCGUACGAGCUCUACAGCGUGCGGCCGGUGCGCGCCGACGGCGGCGCCGGCGCCGCCGAGCCGCUGGACCUGUCGGAGUUUGACGACGUGGGAGUGGCGGACGUGAAGAGCCGCCCCGUGCUCAUGUGCUUCCCGUGCGAGCUCACGUUCGGGCACACGCGCUCCUUCGUGUCGCACGCCGCCCACGACCACGCCGUGGCGCUCAACGCCGAGGAGCGCCGGCUGCUGACCGACAAGCGCACGUCCGCCAUCGUGCAGAUGCGUGACGACGGCGGCGGGGAGGGGCGGCACCAGCAGAGGCCGCUCGUCAGCUUCCUGCGGCCCCGGCGGAGGGCGGCGGCCAAGGAAGGCUGCGACGUCGCGGGCCGGGAGGUGCCGUCGCCGGCGUCAGAGUCGGCGGCGCCGGCGCCGGCGCCGGCCGCGUCGGAGGACGGCCGGCUCUCCCCAGACGCCGGUUCCCGCUUGUCGGAGCUGGUGCCUCGGCUGGGCGCCGUGUACGGGGGCGACUCGACGGACCAGUCGGAUGCGGAGCUGAGCGAGCCGGACGUGGAGCUCGUGGAGCCGGGCGAUCACCAAAGAGGCGGCGGUGCCGCCGCCGGCGCCGCGACGCGGUGCGGCCGGGACGCCGAGCCGGGGCGGGCCACGGCGGAGCGAGCCGACUCGCCCGACUCCACGAGCGUGAGCAGCGCGGAGAGCGCCGGUUCGGCCGCGGAGAUGGAGCCGGGCGACGAGGCGGCUUCCAAAGCCGGCGCCGGCGAGGCUGACGCAGCGGCGGGAGGGGGAAGUACCGAUCCGGCGGUGGCAACGGUGGCAUCGGCGGUCUUCCCCUUGCGCGAAGCACGCGACUAUGCCAAAGAUGACGACGAGAAGGAUGACGAGGAGGAGGACGAGGAGGAGGAGGAUGCGGCGAUGAAUUCAGGCGUUGCGCCCCCAGCGCCGGACAUCAGCGAGGGAGCCGGCGGGUCGCGCGUCUGCGCCGACGAACCGAACGCGAAGGAGAGCGCCGACCGCCCGGGGCCGGCAGGUCGCUGGCGGCAGGUGGCGUCGGCGCCGGUGCUGCUGCUGCUGGCGGUGGUGUUGGUGGUGUUGGUGGUGUUACCGUGGCUGCCGGUGGCUGCGGCGGGCGCUACUCCUGCAAGGUUUGCUCAGUUCUCAGCCGCGUCCAAAGAGGCGCUCAUCGCCCACAUGCAGUCAGACGAGCACCUGCUGAGCCUGCGCCAGCAGCAGGCGGCACAGCCGAGGGGCGGCGGCACCAUCGAGGAGGGGGAGCAGCGGGGUGCCGGACCGGGGAACGUCGCACGGCCAAACGCCAGGACAGACUCUCCCAGUCCCGUCGACGGCGCCGCCCACCAAAGCCUGCUGCUGAAGCUGCAGCAGUUCGACGUGCCCAGCCUGGCCAAGCUGGCGCCGCAGCUGGCGCCACUGCUGCCCAACGGACUGGUGAAGCGGGACUGCGUCGCUCGCCCAGCAGACGAUUCGCAGCAGCGCGCGGACGUCACGCCAGGCGCCCUGUCUGGCCAGCUGCACCAUGCCGACGUGGGGAGUCUGCCAGACGGCGGGGCCAGUGACCUCGCGUCCCAGCGGCAGCACCAGCAGCUAAGCCGAGCCAAGCGCUUGCUGGAGGGAGGCAGGGGCAGCCCUCCGUCCGACGCGGCGCUACCCACCAAGAGGCCGAGGGCGUCGCAGAACGGCGAGGGGAGGCUCGUGCAGGUUGACGGCGACAGCAAGGAGGCUCCAGUGACGGUAGCGGCGGUGGCGGUAGUGGCCGGGCCCGCGGAAGCGAGGUCGCUGAGAUGUCCCCUGUGCCAGGACUCGCUGGGCAGCGAGAGCCGCCUGGAGGCACACCUGUCGCGCAAGCACAGCGUCGCACGCGGCUGCAUCGCCGGCAUCAUCGCCGCGCUGUCUAUGGCUGAGACGUCCUCAACAGACUCCACUCCCACAAAUCCGUGCGAGGCGAGUGUGGCCGACGGCAAGACACCAUCCUCUCGUGACUCUGAGCGAGGCUGCACGACGGCGCCGGAGCCCGUCCAGACCCUCGGCGAUCGUCUCAGCGGCGACGCUGGCUCCGGCGGCAGCUCCCAGCAGCGGGCGCCGUGCGGCGGCGAGAGGCACGGCCCCUCCCCGUCUCCAUCUCCUUCCCCGCCGGCACCGCCGGAGCUCGGCGACCUCGGCGGCGGCGGCGGCGUCGGCAUCGUCUUCGGCGGCGGCGCCGUCGACAAACGCGACAAGAUCCUGUGCACGUUGUGCGCGCAGGGCACCUUUCGCACGUUCGCUUCGCUGCGCUCGCACCUGCAGGCGUGCCACCCGGAGGUGUACCGGCAGGCGCAGGCGAGCGACGCGGGGCUGCCGUGCCGCGUGGUGCGCGCCGGCAGCGCCGGCGCCGCGGGCGCCGCCGAGAACGGCGUGGAGCGGCGGCGCAGCCCCGGGGAGGUGCACAAGAGCUCGCAGGUGCUGCUCAUGAAGUUCCUGGACCCGGCGCGGCCGUACAAGUGCAACGUGUGCGUCGAGUCGUUCACGCAGCAGAGCAUCCUCGACUGCCACCUCAACUCGGUGUCGCACCUCCACAAGGUGAAGAAGGCGGCGGCCGAGUCGGCCGGCGACGGCGCGCAAGGCGACGCGGCGGCGCUGGCGGCAGCACCACCGCCGCCGGCACCCCUAGCCGCCGUCGUGAAGCAGGAGGGGCGGCACUCGGCCAGGGAGGGCGGCGGCCGCUUGCCGGGGUACGGCGACGAUCAGGACGUCGUUGAGGUGAUGGACCUUUCGCUCAAGUCGAGGAAGCCUCGCGAGUCGGACGCCAAGAGGAAAACGGAGCGCGUGAGUCAGCAGCUUCAGUACCACCACUACCAACAGCAGCUGCAGCAGCAGCAACAACAGCAGCAGCAGCAACAACAGCAGCAGCAACAACAGCAACAGCAGCAACAGCAGCAGCAACAACAACAACAACAACAGCAGCAGCAGCAACAACAGCAGCAGCAACAACAGCAGCAGCAACAGCAGCACCAGUCGACGUCGCAGGAAUUCUCGCAGGGCCGCUCGUCGAAGUCGUCGCGUGGGGGCGGCGACCCGCACGCCCGCCAGGACGCGUGGCCCGAGCCGUCGAGCUCGCGGCUCAAAGCCGAGGCCGAGGCUCACGCCCAGGCCGAGGCGGAGGCCCAGGCUCAGGCCUGGCUGCAGGCCCAGGUGCAGACGCAGCAGGAGCUGCAGCAGGCGGCCAUGCUGCAGCAGCAGCUGCUGCAGCAGGCAUACUUCUCGCACCUGCUGCUGUCGCCCGAGGCGCUCGUGCAGUACCAGCAGCAGCAGCAGCUCUUGCUGCAGUACUACUACCCGGGGCUCGAGUUCCAGUUCAGCCCGACGAUGGCGAGCGGAAGCGGCGGUGGCGGUGGCGGCGGCGGUGGCGGUGGCGGCGCGGCGCAGGCGUCCGCGCUGUCCCCGUCGACCGGCCGUGCGGAGGCUCCGUCGCAAAAGCAGCCGUCGGUCGGGCAAGCGGCCGAACACAGCCACAAGGCGGUAGUUGCAGCGGCGGCGGCAACAGAAAAAUACAAGCUGGUGCCGGAUACGACGAGCGACCCCGGCACGGACGAGGCGUCGAGGAGGACCGGCGCCGCCCCCACCGCCUCCGGCGUGGUGCCCGAACCCACGGACGCGGGCAAAGCAUCAAACGAGGCUGGCGCCACGUGGAAGAGCGGCGCCGGCGGAGAGGACGGCCUGCUGCCGGCACGCGUCCCCUUCGGCUACACGGGCAACGCGUCGAAGGCGCUGCUCGCGAAUGUCGGCUUCGAGCUGGUGGUGCAGUUCAUCGAGGGGCGCAAGCGGCCGCCUCGGCACGGCGACACCCGGGAGCGCAGCAUCGGCGACAAGCUGGAGUGCGGCGCGUGCCGGCGCCUCUUCUCCAACGCGCUCAUCCUGAAGUGCCACCAGGAGCACGCGCACAAGCAGAUCCUGCCCUUCGACGAGCUCGCCAAGUACGCCAAGCGCUACCGCGAGGUCUACGACCGCAUCUACCCGCUCGAGGAGGUGCCGGUGAGCGCCGUUGAGCAGCGAGCGCCCGAGCCGCCGCCGCAGCCGCCGCCGGCGACGACGCCAGCCGCGGUGUCGUCGUCGUCGCAGGCGGUGCCGGCGAGCGGCGGGCAGCAGGGCGAGGCCAAGCAGGGCCGCACGGCCGAGUCCGCCGCUGGGAACGCUGCAGUUCCGGUGACGGCGCCGUCUUCCACGAUGGUGUCGUCGACUACCAUGGUUAUGCAACAGCAGCAGCAUCAUCAUCAUCAGCAGCAGCAGCAACAGGCAGCGCAACAGGCAGCUCAACAGGCAGCGCAGCAGGCAGCGCAGCAGGCAGCGCAGCAGCAGCAGCACGAGUCUGUGGCGGGCAUGGACAUGGCGGCGUUCGCUCACCUGAUGCUGCAGGUGCCGUUCGCAACACUUCCCCAGCAGCUUUUGCAGCAGUUUUCGCUCGCUCCAGAACCGCUCGCACCACUCGAUCUCACGAAGCUCCAAAAGCAACAGCAGCAGCAGCAACAGCAGCAGCAACAGCAACAACAUCACCAGCACCACCAACACCACCACCAGCACCAGCAGCAGCAGCAUCGUCACGCCGAUCCCAAUGGGCCGGCGCGUUUGGAGGGAAAGCGUUCUGGGAGCUCCGCUCAAGAAACCAGGACGAAGGCGAGGUCGGGCGACAGGGACGCGGCGGCGGACUCGCCGCACGCGCGAGAGGUGAAGAAACUCGAACACUCGAACAGAAGCGAGCAUCUGUCAAAAUCCACACCACAUCACCAUCAGCACCAGCAGCAGCAGCAGCAACAGCACCAACAGCACCAACAGCAGCACCAGCAGCAACAGCAGCAGCUACAGCAGCAACAGCAGCAACAGCAGCAGCAGCCAGCGACAGAGAGGCGAAGUCAGAAGGCGGAUAAGACAGGCGGCACACCGCGGGCGGAGAGUGGCGGCGGGGGGGGCGGCACCAACUCGAGGGGCCGGGAGACGCCCCGGGCCGAGCCGCCGGGCGUCGCGGUGUGCAAGAGCGAGGCCCUUCUCGACGACAGCGCCCUCGAAUCGUCGGGCUCCUCCAAGUCGGAGGAGCCGGCGCCGUACAAGCGCUCGAAGCGCACCACGUUCAAGGACUACCAGGUGCGCGCCAUGCGCGAGUCUUUUCAGCUCAACGCCUACCCGAAGGAGGACGAGAUCAAGCGGCUGUCCGGCCUGCUGGGCCUCCCGGCGUGCACCAUCGUGCUGUGGUUCCAGAACGCGCGGCAGCGCUACCGCAAGCAGCGUGAGCUCGGCAAGGACUCGGACUGGCGCGACUCGGGCUCGGGCGACCGCGGCUGGGCCCGGCUCGACUCGGUGAAAGCCGAGUCGCCCGCGGCGUCGGCGUCGUCGUCGUCGACCGCGACGACGGUGUCGUCGGCGGCGGCGCUGGCGGCGGUGGCGGCCGUGGACAUCUCGGCGGCCGCGGCCGCCGCCGCCGCCGCGGUCGCCGCCGCGGAGUCGGAGCACCUGGCGUCGGCCGAGGCGCUGGACCAGAAGUCGAAGCAGCUGAACCGGACGCGCUUUUCGGACGAGCAGCUGCGCGUGCUCAUGCACUGCUUCAACGCCAACCCCUACCCCAAGGACAAGGAACUACAGCAGCUGUCGACGUACCUCAACCACCCGCGCGUCGCCCUCAAGUACUGGUUCCAGCACAUGCGGCAGAAGGCGCGGCGCCACUCGGACGGGCAGCCCGGAAGCGCCGGCCAGGGUUCGCCGCCGCCACCAGGGCUGCAGCCGCCGCCGCCGCCUCCUCCGCCGCUUUCCGCCGUCGUCGUUGUCGCAGACGGCGGGAGCCACGCAGAGGCACGGCUCGGGCGGCGACGCGGCCAAGGACAAGGGCGGCGAGCAGGCGGCGGCGGCGGCGACGCACAGGAAGGGCUCCCUGAAGUGCGAGGAGAGGGCGGAUGUUGCCGGCGAGCGGCUGAUGCAGAUCCUGAGCGCGCAGAACGCAUCGGCGCUCGGGCCCAUGCUGCUGCCGUCCAUCCAGGCGCCGGCGGCCGCGGCGGUGGGGACGGCCGCGGCGGGGAUGGGGGCGGCGUGCGUGCCGUCGUCGAAGAGAGACGGUGCCAAGGAGGUGGUGAUCAAGACCAAGAUCAAGACGGAGCGCGUGGAGGAGGCGGCCACGGCGGCGGCGGCGGCCGAGGGCGGCGAUCGCAGGCCCGAGCCGAGGACCGACAAGAGGCCCAAGUCAGAGGCCCCCGGGGCGGCGUCCGCGGCGGCGCUCGCGGCGGCCACCGCCGGCGCUUACCAGUGCGACUCGUGCAAGCUGAGCUUCGUCAACUUCGAGCGCUGGCAGGAGCACCAGCGUUGCCACCUGCUCAAGCUGCAAGCCUGGCGUCGGAGGGAAAGCAGCUGGCGUCGGAGGGAAAGCAGCUGGCGCGGAGCGACAAGCACCCGGUGAGGGCAGCGACGCAGCCGGUGGCGGUGGCGGCGGCGGCCGCGCAAGCCCCGCUCGACGGCGUGGACCUGACGGCGAAGGCUGCCGGCUCGGACGAGCUGGAGCGGGUGAAGUUCCCCAACACGUCGCUGUCGCUGGAGGAACUCAAGACGCUGUACCAGAAGUACUCCCUGGACGCCGUGCAGCCGGGUCAGGCGUCGGAGGACGAGUCGGCCAAGAGGCACGCGCUCCUGCAGGCCUGGUUCCAGAGCGUGCGCGGCGAGCCCAAGGCGGCGGCGCCGCUGCCGCAGCCCUCCACCGCCGCCCACGCCCAGCCGUCGGCGCCUCACGGACAGUGGCGGCCCCUCCUUAAGCGCCGUUGCCCCUUCUGCCACAUCCUGUUCAAGGACCAGGCCCUGCUGGACGAUCACGUGCAGACGCAGCACGGCGCCGAGUCGACGGCGGCGGCGGCGGCGCCACCGGCACCCGACAACGGCAGCCUGGCCUCGCCGCCCGACGAGACGGCUGCCGCAGCCGCGGCGACAGGCGACGGCGACGGCGGUCGCGGCGUCGAGGCGCCGUCGGGCCACCGCGGCACCUACUCCCCGCCGCCGCAGCUCAGCCCGUCCAUGCUGAAGGUGGAGGGCAUCAUCGCCGACAUCGAGAACCCGGCCGUCCCGGCCGCCGCGUCGGCCACCGGCGCGGAGAGGCGGCCGCCCGCCUCGCCUCCCGCCGCUCCCCCUCCUCGCGCCACGGCAGGCGGAGGCGGCCGCCGCGGCCGCAGGCGGCGGCGGCGGCGGCGCUGGCGGCCCUCCCGUCGGCGUCAAGCGAAGCACGGCGGCGUGUCGCGCGUCGAGGAGUCGUCGGAGGGCGCGUCGGAGGACCCCUGCUCGCUGAGCCCCGUGUCGGGCGGCGGCGGCGACUGGGGCUCGGGCGACCACCCCAGCGGGCGGCGGCGGCGCACGCACAUCAGCAGCAUGCAGCUGGCGGUGAUGCGCGCCUGCUACGGCGAGUGGCGCACGCCCUCGGUGCACGAGUGCAGCUCGCUGGGCAAGGAGAUCGGCCUGGAGAAGCGCGUCGUGCAGAUCUGGUUCCAGAAUGCGCGCGCCAAGGAGAAGAAGGCCCAGCGCAACGUGCCGGAUUCCGCCUCGCCGGCUGCCGGCGGCGGCGGCGGCGGCUCCGGCGGCCCAACCACGCCGACCGGCGCCACCUCGCCCGUCGUGGGCUCGCCCGGGUCGGACAGCGGGCCCAAGACGGCGUGCGGCCUGUGCUGCGUGCGCUACAGCGCCAAGCUGUCGGUGCAGGAGCACGUGUUCUCGCUGCAGCACAUCGCACGCCUACGCGAGGGCUUCCGCCAGCAGAUGGAGGCGGAGAAGGAGACGCGCGAGAAGGCCAAGAGGCUGUGCCUGCCGACCGCCGGCCCGCACCUGCCCGAGAUCCGGCCCAAGCAGGCGCCGGCCGAUGGCGGCGGCGGGGAGACAGAGGUGGCGGUGAAUGCCGGCGUGCUCCCCUUUGCCGUGAGCGGGCAGGAGAUGGCAGCGUCCGCCGUCCCGGCAAAGUCAUCGCCGGCGUCCGAGUCGGCGCCCAAGACCGCGAGCCUCCCCAAGCUCGUCCGCUCGGCCACCACCUCUCCCAAGGCGCCGGCGCCCGGCGGCACCGCCGCCGCCACCGCCGUCACCUCGGCGUCCACGUCCUCGUCCUCCUCGCCGUGGCUCCGGGUCGGCGCCGCCCCGGGUCCCCCGGCCAUCGCUCCGGUCCCCGUGCGCCUCGUCACGCCGGCUCCCCGACGCCGCUGCGCCGCCACCCAAGCUCGUGACGCCGACCUCCUCUUCUUCCUCGCCGGCGACGUUGCCGCGGCCAAAGCACGGUCCGUCGUCGUCUUCGCUGACGUCGCCGACGGGCGGCGGCAGCUCGGCGAAGAACGCCGCCGCCGCGUCCCCCUCCCCUUCCUCGUCCAAGUCGACCGCCCUCAACGCUUUCCCGCUGUCGGCGAAGAUGGCGUCGGCGUCGCUGUCGGAGCUGUCUCCCACGUCGUCGUCGUCGCUGCUGCUUCAACAGCAGCAGCUGCAGCAGCAGCACCACCAUCACCAGCAGCAGCAGCAGCACCAGCCCCGAGACCGCAAGGAGAGUCGGAGAGGAGCUCUGAAUCCAGCAAAAAGGAAAAGGCGGCAGAGAGGGCGGCGGCCGCGGCGGCGGCGGCCGCGGCGGCGCUGGGCUCGUCGCUCGGCGAGGCCGCGGCCGGCGGUAGCAGCGGCGCCGGCCCCGAACCGGCGGACGCCAAUGCGGCGGCGACGGCGGCCGCCCUCCUCGCUGGGCAGUACCUGCCCUACCUGAUGCCGGGCUACGGCGCGUACUACACGUCGCAGCUGCCGCUGGCGUACUUCGGAGGAGGCGGCGGCGGCGGCGGCGGCGGCAACGCGGACGCUCUGCGCUACGGUGCCAACACGAGCGCCGCCCUCAUGCAGUGGCAGCGCCAGUACCAGCAGGCGCUGCAGGAGGUCCUAGGCGGGCAGCAGCUUCAGCAGCAGCAGGAGCAGCAGCAGCUCCAGCUCCAGCAGCAGCAGCAACAGCAGCAGCAGCAGCCAAGUCCGUCGGAGGGCGGCCGGGAGGGCGGGCGGAGGCAGCGCAACCAUCACGCGCGGCGUGGGGACGAGCGGAUGGAGGUGGAGGGGGAGGCCUCGCGGCCCAGCAAGGUGGCCAAGACGACUGAGAGCAAGACGUCGGACGCUUAGGCGCAACAAUGCGACCCCUCGUCUGCCCCGCCGAAGAGCGUCUGACCCGGUGACCCGGUGACCGCAUUUCGUCUCGGCCGCCGAGUUGCUUUGCUCUUCACUCUCCUGUUUUUGUUGUUGUUGGCGCAAGGAACGUCUGCGUUCUCCUUGAGAGAAGCGAGCGCCGAAUGUAGUCACACUUUUUUUUCUUGCCAAUGAAGGAAGAGGAGGGUGGGCGGGGGGCGGUCAGUCGAUUGUUCGAUCUUCCUUGGGCCCUGAACUACUGGGGCGCGUUGGCGAUGGAGAUGAAACGAUUCCCGUCGUUGAUCUUCGUCCGUGUCCCCCUCCCGCCUUUCGCGAGUCGGAUGUUUGGUCGUGGGCGAGGAGGGAUGGCGGCGGGGUGGGGGGGGCGGCGCGUCGGGCGUGUGAACGCGCGACGGGGAGGGAGUGAAGGAGACGCUGCUCGCAGGGGCAUUAAUACCCUCGCCGGGACGAACCACGGCCCGCGACGGCAAACCUCGACGUGGACGAGCGGACUUGUGAACGACGCGAAAUCUACGGGAGGGGAGAAACACAAGUGAUCGAACGACGUCGGGGGCACGACGUCAAAAACGGAACCGCCGACCCGUUUAGAACGUACAGCUAAAAACACUCGGCGCAAAGAGCAAACGACGAAUCGAUACUAAUAACGGCAAACGAUAGCGUUGGAGAGCACGUCACGAAACUUAGACGCCCCUACGGAUACUGACGACUCACUCGGCAGUUGGUGAAGGUUCCUGCUCGUCGGCGAGGAUUUCCACGCCAAUGGGUUCGUCGGAGCGGAAUGCCAAAGAGCUUCCUUUCUUUGACAGUCGGGCUAUGCCACUUACCUCGGACACGCUUUGCUUGGUCUGCUACCUCACCUUCUUUCCCCUUGGCGUGAGACACAAAACAAAAAAACACUUCUCGUGUCCUCCCUACUCUUCUCCCCCUCCCGUCUCUCUCUCUCUCUUUCUCUCUCUGUCCGUCUCUUCGUCUUUCUCCCCCUCUCUGCGUUCCUCACCUGCUACCAAAAAAAUGAAACGACAAAAAAAAACCGAGAGAGAGAAAUGACUUUGACGAUAAAACAAAAAAAAUGACUUUAUUAUGAAUCACGUUUUACGUAUAACUGCCCAACUUUUGCUUUGUAUGUAUUUGAAUGACGCCGCACUGCGGCAUGUGCAGUUGUGUACAUUAUAUAUAUUUUGUGCAGGCUGUGGCUGUCGCGUGGCUUUAUUGAAGCACAGGGCAUGGCGGCACUAAACUAAGAAAAAAAGGGUGCGAGAAAUCGUUUCUUUAAUUUUCUCUUCCCUUGCGUUUGACUCGCCGUUCGUCUCCGCCGUCGUUGUUUGAACUCGGUUUAAAAACCACAAAGCAAUGACUCUUCUCACUAUCUCCACGUGUUCAGCGCUUUCUGCCAAAGAUCCGUGGUUUGUUUAAUAAAAUGAAAAGGAGGGGGAGAGACCUAUGUAAUGUAGGAAGUCGAUAAAAAAUAAAAAAAAUAA